UAUAGAAUUUUAAAGAAUUGUUUUAUAAUCGGGGUUUCGACGUAUAUUUUGUAGUGUUAAAAUAUUGUUUACUUUGGAUAUCGUAACGUAAUUUUGUUGUAAUAUUCAACAAAUCAAAAGGCCAAGUGGAUUUAGACGGGAAUGUAAUAGUUGAAUAAGAAAUUAUGGGUGGAAAUAUAAUAGCACUGAACUUUUAAAUAUCCAAUCUACAGCUGAAAAAUUUCCGAAAAGUCUUAUCUAGGUUGAAAUAGUCUAGCAACAAAUUCGAUAAAAUCGAUCUAAAGGAAAUUAUUAAAUCCAUUUAUUAAAAUCGAUAAGCAAAUUAAAAUAUGAGCAAUAUAAAAAAUGGAUUUUCUACGCUCAAUCGUUUAUUGGGGCGUAAAAAUAAAGAUAAAGCAGUACCAAAUGGCAAACUUUCAAAAUCAAGCACAAACUUAUCUGUGUCAACAACGAAUAUAAAUGAGACUAGUCAACUGGAGUACAAUCGUAUAACUCCUUUACCCGCGGCAACAAGUAAUGCACCUUUCGAGCAAACCUUUCGAAUUACAGUGCUGUUGCCAAAAGACCAACUGUACGUGUCACGUUUAGGCGCACGUGUUCCACUUAGUAAAUUACUGGAGUUGGUGUGCGAGAACAAACUGUUGGAUUCAGAUAAAUAUGAGUUUAGAAAUCCGGUUGAUCCUAGUCAAGUGUACAGCUGUGAACUAACAAUUGGCGCGGUUGGACUCUCCGAGAUACGUCUGUGUUUAAAAUCAGACUCUUAUGAUACAUUUAAUACAGAUGAAGUUUUAAAAUUACACCGCACUUCAGUGCGGGAUUCUCUUUCUUCAUCUGAAUUCAGUAGUCGAAACUCAAAGCAUACCGCAAAGACAGCUAGUCCUUACAGUUCUAGUAAUUCACUGAAUUCAAUGGAUUCAACAGGAAUGAACUGUGUACGUACACCAGUUACUCCUCCUUCAAAUCUAUCUACAACCACGACACCAAAAGUUGCAGCACCACCACGUAAGAAACGUACUGCACCACGCCCACCCAGCCAGAUAGUAAUACCAGAGAAAUCUGCAUUAAUUAUUACAAAUGGUGAUGUGGAACAUGCAAAUGAAUCACUUAAAAAUGAACCCUUACCACGUAAAGAUUAUUAUGUUUCAACGCCAAACUUAAGUUCACCUACUUUUUUGAACAAAGAUAUUAGCAGUACUGAUUGUAAUGGUAAUACUAAACAUAUUGAUGAGCUGAAUUUGACCACAAAGAGUAUAGAGCUAGAUGUCCAACAGAGAAAUGCUCGUAAUAAUUAUAGUAACAGCGUACAAAAUCUUACAAAUAUUACCACAGAGCAAAUAGAAACACUUAACCUUCCAGAACCAUCACCACGAAAACGUUUAAUUCAAAUUAAGAAGAAAAGUGCACCAGUACCUCCCUCGAAAAACUCUACACAAUCGGAUGAUACACUUUCAAUAUCAUCUGCUAACUUUUCAAUUCCUGGCACUCCUGUCACUCCUGUCACUCCAGACGUAAAAGAAAUAACUGCAGUUUCAGAAACAAUUCUACCAGCACCUACAACUAAUCUUAAUAAUAAUUCUAAAAGUGAUUUACCGACACCUGCUGUUCGAGAAACUACUAUAAGUAAAUCGUUGCACUCAUCCACCCCGCUUUCUAUUGCCGAUUCAAAAUCUUCGACUACCUGUACCACCACUCCAACUACACCAAAACCUGUACCUCGUCUCACAACAACAACAUUAUUGAACGCUACUAAUAUCGAAACAGAUGAAAAUUUAAACAGCUCACUAACAACAAAUAAUCAGUCAAUACAUUCAAACAUUUCAAAAGUUAUGCUCAAUCGAACGCCUACACCUGAACCACGUUCAUUAUCAUCUGAACCUCCCGAACUAACUGCUGAAAUCGUAACGCAAUUAUCUAAUGGCAAUUGCAAUGAAGACGAUAAUAUAUCAAAACAAGCAGAUUCAGGUAUUGGUGAACCAGUACCUUCUCCUAUACCAGACAGCAUACCCUCAGAAGGUUCAGCGCACGAAUGUAAAUCCACAUUUGAGUCAAGCUCAGAUGAUGAUGAUAUGAUUAAAGUCUACAAUUUUAAAUUAGGUAAAACCGUUAUAAAACCAUCAAUAGAGCAUAAGACACUUGAAGAGCUCACAAGUAUAACAGCAACUCAAACCGAUAGUGAUGAAGCUACUCCCAUAACACAAGCCCUAUCUGCAACUCCAGGUUUGUCUGAAAAAUCAUCUUGGAACUUUUCAAUACCAAUAUCACCACCGGCCAAUUUUGCUGAUGAUGUACAAAAUAUUCAUGGUUCUACAGAAAAAAUACCUGAUCCACCUAUUACACCAAAAAUAAAACAACGUCCCGUCUUAAAUUUCGAUUCAGUAACGAAAGAGAAUUUAGAAAAAAAGAAAUCAUCAGAUACUGUAGACCAUAGUCUUUUAAGGGUUGAAAAGACAACAAAAACUCAUGAGGUUUUACCAUCACCUACAAGUCCGAUUACUGAAAUAAUCGAUGAAUUAUCAAUGAUAAUCAAUGAAAAUCGCAUUGAUUCAGUUAUCAAAAAAGCAAGUACACCCAAUGAAAUAGAAACAGCAAAACCUAAUACAUUAUCCAAUUUCACAAUUGCCACUAUAUCGUAUGAAGAAAAACCAAAUAUUUCUAAUUCAAGUGAUAUAGAGAAAAGAGGUUCUUCCAGCACACCAGAAUCAUGUACUGAUGAAGAAAAAUUGUAUCGCAAACAUAACAACAUCGCCAAUUCAAGUAAUGUAGCAAACCAGCGUAAGGCGGUAACACGGUCUGACUCGUUUCAUACAACUGUCAUGCAAACGCAGAUCCCAACAAAAGUGGAAAAUUCCAUGGAAAAUAUCAAUGGCCUUCAAUCACGCAGCUCAUCAUAUUUAUCACUUACCAAACUUGAGCAAAAUGGUGCGCUUUUAAACAGAAGACGUUCAUCAAGUGAAUUAAGCAUUGGUGAAUCACCAUCACUCCAAAGUUUAGAAGUCAUAAAAACUAUACUCAAUUCCCGCAAAAACAGCUUAGCAAGUAGUAGUGAUGGUGAAUCCAAGUCAGCCAUUGGCGAAGUGUCAAAAAAUAUAGAAUCUUAUCAUGCACAUAACAGUGCAGAAAGUCGCAAAAUUACGACUGUAGAGUUGAAACCAAAGAAUGACAACAGCAAUGACACAUCACGAAAACCCGCAAGUGUUGAAGAAGUGGAACAUGACUACAAAAGAAAGGAGGUACCAAAAGUUUAUCGUUACUCAGGUCCACCAAGCAUCAAUUUCUCAACUUGGAGUGAACGUCCAAAAGCACAAGUAUCCAUUAAAAAUGAAGGGGACUACAUUUUUGGAGGUAAAAAUGCAAACAGUCAAAACGCCGCAGUUACAACGGCAGCAGUGAGCAUAAAUACAAAUUCGAUGCCACGUAAUUAUAGAAACUCUACACCAGCAGGAACCUUUAGCUUACAAAAGUCAAGAGAACUACAUUCCAAUGAACCUCCAACAAUCGAACCGAAACCCGUAACGCUUACAAUGCGAAUGGGCAUACCGGAAAAGAGUUUUAAAGUACCGAUCACAGUAAAGCCUCUUAAGGAUGUAACAGUGGAAACCACACAAUUAGAUGCACAACAUGCGGAAAACAAACAAACAAACACAAAAUUUAAUAAAAGUAUUACAACAGUAACACUUAACACCAAUACAGACGUCACCGACACUACAGAUACUGUUGUAAAAAGAACAUUUACACAAGUUUCUAAAACAUCCACACUUCCACGCAACAAUUCUAAUCGAUUUAGUACACCAGUCGUAGGACCUUCUUUAUUACGCACAACUUCUAUUAACCAGUUAAAAGAAAAUAGACCAAAAUCCGAGGACGAUAACAAAAGUGCCACACCUGGUCCUGCUUUAUUACGUACAACUUCCAUUAACCAGUUAAAAGAAAACAGACCUAGAACGGAGGAAGAGAAUAAAAGUACUUGUCCUUUUGGACAAAACACAUUGCGCAAAACAGGACUCAAAGAAAAAAUACUUGCAAAUGAAGAAAAAAAGGUAGAGAAAGUAAAUGAAUCAACAAAAUCCAACCAAGUCAUUAGUAUAACAAGUGUAGCGAGACCAGUUAACACAACUAAGAUGAAUGCGAAUAACACCCCUGUAUCACCAACAAAAACAUUACAAAGUGCCAAAUUAGAAUUAAAAAUUCAAAAGUCAACAAAUGUUUUUGUUAACCAAACGAAUUCACGCACAACACAAAUCAAUUCAGCACCGAUACUAACAACGAAUGCUACACCGCCACCACCACCACCAAUGGCACCUCUAAAAGCUACACCUAUUAAAUCAUUCUCAACACCUGCAAAUGGUGACCCACGAGAUCAACUUCUCGCCGCGAUAAGGAAUUUUAAACGUGAUGAACUUAAACGCACCUGAAGAGUUGGAAAUUCUAAAAUUUAUAGGUUAAAUCGAAUUCUCUUAAUAAACCUACAUUUGAACCUGAAGAACUUAAAACCAUACAAAUUAAAGCCUGAAAUAGACUUGUAGAAUGUACAUUAGUCUGGUUCCAAACGUAGUCUAUGCACAAAGUCACAAGCACAAUAUUAAAAAUUAUAUAUUACCAAGAAAUGCUUAAAAUUAAAUUCUAUUUAAUAUUUGUAA